CUCGACCAACUACUCUCCAAACGGCCUCUUUAGCCAUCCAAAGAAGUUCAAGAAUUGUAGCAGUCUUAGAAAGCGAGAUGGGUCGAUCAGUCAGCACGGCUGCAUGCAGCGAGUCACGACUUGCAUGUCUCCAUCCCUCAAUCAGGCCACCUGGCUGAGCUGGCUGAGCUGAAAUGUUGAGCUCCACAUUCAAACAUCCUUCUCCACUUCCCAUACGGCGAGUUCGACACGCUCUACGACGCGCUCUGCGACGCGCUCUGCGAUACGACGCGCUCCGCGAUACCAUGAUGUCUCGACUAUUCAGAAAAGACCGGCGCGCCAAUAAGGAUACUACUCUUCCCGCUGAUGGUACUGUAAGCGGAUCCUUAUCAGCUAAUGAAGGAGACGACCUUUGGUAUCAGGCGUAUCAGCAAGUCGUGAUUGAUGAUAAAGCCUUGGGAGAAAAAUAUGCCAAGGCGUUAGAGAAAAGCCGGCGAUCUGGCGACAUCCAUCUUCCAACACGCAAGUCGAAACACGACACGAGUCCUGCGAAACCACAGUAUGAAGUCCUUCGAGCGACGGUCAAAGUUCAGCUCGAGGCUUUCGAGCGGGAUCAUCGAAAGCCGUCAAAAUUGCAAGAUGUUGUGGCGGUCGUAAAUGGAUUGAGGGAUUUCGUGACUCCGGUUGCGAGUCUAGAGCCUCAUGCAGCUGCGGCUUGGACAGCGCUGAGCCUACUCCUUCCAGCCUUACUUCAGCCCCCUCAGCAGCAUCUCAACGUCAUCGCCAUCAUGAAUCUUGCUUUCGAUAUCAUCUGUCGGUAUCGUGCGAAAGAAAAUCAACUACGCCUUCACGCUGUGCACAAAGAGCAUGAACUACGAGACCGACUGCGAGAUCGCAUAUUGGAUCUCUAUCAAUCAGUACUGCAACUGCAAAUGAAGGCUGUCUGCCAAUUUGCACGGUCUCAUGUUCACCAAUACGCACGAGAUGUCUUUACGGCAGAUGACUGGGCUGCCAUGCAAAAGACCAUUCAAGAACAAGACCUGGCUUGCGAGAAGCUAGAGGAGGAACUGGACAAAUCUUCGACAAAAGCGGACGCACACACUGCUCGUGUUGGUCGUGUUUCAAGGCAACUGGAUGUCGUCGAGGGAGCUGAAUACUACUCUGCGCCAGAAGAUUGUGAUACCCACCGUGGAUGCCAUCAGGGAACGCGCGUCGAGCUCUUGAGAUCAGUACAAGAGUGGGCAGAAGCACCGGAUGCGCCCCCGAUCUUCUGGCUUCGCGGCUGGGCAGGCACAGGUAAGAGCACCAUCGCCCGGACGGUGGCGGAACUGCUCCACAAUCAGGGCCAUAGCGUGGCAAGCUUCUUCUUUCGACGCAAUCAUCACGAGCUGUCAUCAAUCACUAAAAUGCUGUCGACUCUGGCCUUCCAGUUGGCGCAUCGUGACACGGAGUAUUGCGAAGCGUUAGGAGAGGCAUUACUCGCAUUUCCAUUGCUAGGAAAGUCUGCCGAAUUGGCAAAGCAAUAUGAGCGACUUAUUCUCGGACCGUUAAAGAAACGGAGACAGCUAGCGUCGCGGAUGCCCACCCUCGUCAUCGUCCUAGAUGCUUUGGACGAGUGUGAGAAUCAGGGCGAUCUCCGCUCUGUGCUUCACCUUAUUAGCAAUACUGUCGAUCUCUCUGAUUUACGCGUGCGCAUCUUCCUGACCAGUCGAGAGGAACCGGAUCUUGUCGCGGACUUUGCGCACUUACCGUCUGUGCUCAAGCGGGAAUUGUCGUUGCAAGGCGUGGCCGAUGUGAAGCAAGACAUUAUAAGAUAUCUUGAAUACCGUCUGCGAAGAAUUCAGCGCGAACGUCAGCUACCUGCCGAGUGGCCAACCAAGGAGCAAAUACACGCGGUGGCGCAGAAGGCGGAUGGCCUGUUCAUCUUUGUGGAGACGGUCUGUCGUUAUAUUGAUGUCGACCGGCGCGAGGAUCCCUGUCGCCGACUCAUCGAUCUUUGUGGCGAAAAUCAGCCAGGUGCUGCAGCCUAUGAACCACUGGACUUCAUGUACGAGUGUGUCUUAACCCUUUCUAUGCGCGGAUUGUCCCCAGAAGUCUGUGACCGGUAUCUCAAAGAGCAACAGCACGUGGUUGGCUGUACUGUUCUGCUGUUCACUCCUCUAGGAAUGGGCGAAAUAGAGAGGCUUCUCUUCCUCUCGAAUGACGACAAGGCACGAGCUGAGCCUGUCCUAUCUCAUUUACAAUCUGUAUUCACCCUUUCUACCGCGUCCGAUCGACCCGUCAGCAUCAUUCAUCAAUCCUUUCGAGAUUAUCUGGUCCAUCCGGAGCGUGCUGGAAGGAACCCUAAACUCUGGGUUUCAGAGGCAGAGACGCAUCGCCAGCUGCUACACUGUUGCCUGAAACUAAUGACUACUAGUUUGAGACGCAACCUGUGCGGUUUAACAUUUCCUGGAAUGGGUGUCGAAGAAAUCUUGAAGGACACUCUGAACGCUGCUCUUUCUCCCUCAUUAUCGUAUGCAUGCCGCUUCUGGAUGCGACACGCUAGCCUUGCAGACCUCCAGAUUGAUGAUGUGGGUUCUAUAUAUGACUUCGUGUCUCAACACUUGCUCCAUUGGGUGGAAGCCAUGAGCUUGAUUGGCGCUGUAGCAGACUCAAUCCGUCAGUCGGCAUCCCUGCAGAGCAAAUUAAAGGCGCUAGCUACACCAUCUACCAACGACUAUCUAGAAGAUGGACGCCGUUUCUUGCUUGCAUAUCGAGAUAUCAUCGAACGUGCUCCACUUCAAGUGUAUUUUGCAGCUUUACAAUUCAGCCCUUCGGAGAGCCUCGUUCGCCAAAGAUUUGAGCGAGAGGAAUCGUAUUCGCCACAUGUCGUCACGAAUUUACCACAACAGUGGGAUGCAUGCCAGCAGACGCUGGAAGGCCACACCGGCGGGGUCGGCAGCGUGGUGUUCUCGAGCGACGGGUCGCAAGUGGCGUCGGCGUCGGGCGAUGGCACCGUGCGGCUAUGGGACGCGAAGACCGGAGCAUGCCAGCAGACGCUGGAAGGCCACACCGGGGGGGUCGGCAGCGUGGUGUUCUCGAGCGACGGGUCGCAAGUGGCGUCGGCGUCGGGCGAUGGCACCGUGCGGCUAUGGGACGCGAAGACCGGAGCAUGCCAGCAGACGCUGGAAGGCCACACCGGGGGGGUCGGCAGCGUGGUGUUCUCGAGCGACGGGUCGCAAGUGGCGUCGGCGUCGGGCGAUCGCACCGUGCGGCUAUGGGAUACGAGGACCGGAGUGACGCUAUUUGUGCGGAAAUGCAGCGGCUUCUUUCCACGUAUGGAGUUUGACGCCAAUGGAGCUUAUAUCUGGAUCGAGGGUGAAAAGAUAGCUCUCAGUGCUAGCUCGAAGGCCUAUCAUGACCUCGGUACAAAAAGUUCUGAGGGUAUCGAUGUACCGACCGUGACGUUGUCACUAUGUUCGCCUGAAAGCGCUUCAACAUUCACUGUGGACGAGUCCCGUGAGUGGGUUCUAUAUCUGGGGCAACGAUACCUCUGGAUUCCGAAGACCUAUCGAGGGCGAUACCAGGCGCAUGGUCAGGUCUUGGUCUGUGGCGGUGACUCUGGGCGCAUGAGCUUCAUCUUUGAGCAUAGGGUCAACGCAGCGCCGCGCAACGCAUCAGCAGCGGUCGAACGCGCAAAGGAAGAUGUAGAAGACAAUGAACAUUGGAUGCUAAUGGCCUGGGACCAGCCCGCACUAUACCACCCGUUCAUCUAAACAACUUACCGGUCAAGACCCUAUCUGAUCAAGAUGCGCGAUAUGUCUCAUUAACUUUAUUGCACAUUAUACGAACUUGAGUCAGUUGAAGUGUUUCAAAUCCUUUAGCUCUCGCGCAGGCCGUGUCUCGUUCAAAUAAGAAAACCGUAGCGUGCUCUGCCUUGGGAGCUAGGUGGCGGCUAUACGCUUCCUUCUUUUUCCAUUCGGAUUUCUCUUUAAGAUAGGUGCAUGGGAGAAAGAGACUUUUAAAGGCUAU